AGAGCACAGAAUGGCAUCAAACAAACCGAUAAAUAUUCACUGUUUGACAAUCCAGCUCUGAGUUAGACCCUCAAGGACACCAAAAUCAAAGCAGAGCAGAAUUCUUUGAGUCUAUGCAAGGUGCAUCUGUGGACUUCAUUGAAUUAAGAUACCGUGACAUCUGCAACACGUCUGCAAUCCAACUACAGGCCACGAUUACACAAUUGACCCAGCAACCCCAGAUUUCACAUACUUUCGGCCUCUACACAAGCCAUAUUAGCUCCUAAUUCCAAUUCUACUUGAUAGGAGUACUUUGUGAUGAACUCAUUGUUCAAUCAUGCGCUGAAGCAAUCGCAGUCGCUAAAACGCGACAUUGAGACGUUUGCCAGUUCACCAGGCACAACAAGUCUUGGGCUCCAAGGUCAGAUAUCAGCAACGCUCGCGACAUUACAGCGAACGAUAGAAGAGUACGAUGCCGUUGCUCGCCGCGAGCUUGUGCCAGCUAAACAGGACAAGGCAUUUGCGCGGAUCCGCAAUUUCCGGUCAGAAAUAGCAGACGCGCGCACGCAGUUUGAGAAGCUAAAACGAGAGCGCGAGGAGGUGCUCAAUACUCAAAAUCGCACGGAGCUUUUAGGGCGGCGGCCGCAUGCUACCGCGACUCCGGAUAAUCCGUACGGGAUGGGGAAUAAUUCAUCUACAGGGAUCUCAGAUAGCAUACCUGCUGCUGCGAUUCCGCGCGAGUUCAUCCAGCGGACUGGGGAUCAGCUUGACGAGUUUAUCGAGCGCGGACGAAGUGUACUGGGGGAUCUGGUUGAGCAGCGAAAUAUGCUCAAGUCGACGCAGCGCAAGCUUUACAGCGCUGCUAAUACUCUUGGUAUAUCGAAUGAUACUAUAAAGUAUAUCGAGAGACGGGCACAGCAGGAUAAGCUGGUAUUUUGGGGAGGUGUGACAAUGGUGGUCGUUGCCUUCUAUCUUAUAAUAAGGUGGUUGAAGUGAUGACGUUAAUGUAUAAACCGGAGCAAUCAUCAUCUGAUCUCCUCUAAUCAUGAACAGAAAAGAAGCACAUGGCUUGUCAUAUUCGCUAUAGAUUUACAUAAAACAGUAUCGAUACAACCAAAACUCCUAACGAGACCCAAAUGUGGCUCGUCUCAAG